AUCUACGGGCCUAUGUACGCUAUUGUAGGCCUGGGGGAAACCCCUAAGACCCUGACGAGCUGAGCUCUCUGAGCUCAGUCAGUGGCUUUCAAUAGCCUGGCGCCACUGUCGACUCGUGUGUCCACCGUAUCCCACGGGAAUGUCCGUUUCCCCCAACGGGGGUGUGUUGUAAUACGGUCACAUGACCUCACCUCAACUUCACCGUAAUUUCAGGCAUCUACUUUUUAGAACAAUACACACACGCUUAUCGGGGUUCAUUAUUGCAUCCAACGCGACACGACAACUACUCCAAUCCAGCCAUCCUUCUUCAUACCUGUCUGUCGCAAGCAACCCGUCACACUUGAUCAUACUACCUGAUAUUGGCGCAUAUCCUUUGAGUAUAGCAAAGGACAAAGAAUCGAGUUAGAGGCUCCAUUGAGGGUUUUCCGACCUGUGCGACACGUCAACACAAAGCAAUCAUGCCUCCUGCGCUAUCGGAGAGUGAGAGCGGGAGCCCCAAGGUCGAGGCCCAGGUUACACUCGAAGCGAACAACGACCAACCUUCCGGAGCGAGCAACGGCCAUGCAAAGAAAAUGUCACAGAAGGCUAGCGAUGAUGAGGAAGAUGAGAUCUUGGCUGUAAGAGCUGAGGGCAAAGAAGAGGAGGAGGAGGAAGACGAGGAUGAGGAGGCUGAGGAGGACGUAUUCGUCGUCGAAUCUAUUAAGAAUCACAUGUUCGAUGAAGACGGCGAGAUUCGCUUCCAAGUUAAAUGGGAAGGCUACAACCGCCCGAGCGACAUGACUUGGGAACCCGAGGAAAAUCUUGCGACUGCGACCGAGAUCGUGGAGGACUACUACAACCAAAUAGGCGGCCGCGAGUUCGUCAACGAUGAAGCCGCGAGGGAACUUGAGAAAGUCAAAACUGCCCCGCCCCGUAAACGUGGGCGCGCACCCUCAGGUAGCGCAGCGGCGCCGAAGGGAAAGAGGGGUAAGGUAGAGAAGGUGGAGAAGAUGGAGAAGCACCCUAAGGACACUACACCUCCAGCGUCAUUGGACUUCAAGGUGCCGACUGGGAACUGGGAGCAUGAGGCCACUGCGAUCGAUCAGGUUGAGGAGCAGGACGAUGGAUCACUGCAGGUGCAUAUUGUUUGGAAGGGAGGGCAAAGAACGGCCCACCCAGUUGAAAGGGCUUACAAGCACUGUCCACAGAAGAUGCUGAGAUUCUACGAGCAGCACAUAGUCUUCGGGAAAGGAGGCGGCAAAAAGUUGAUGAACAAGACGGUUAUCGACAAGUAACCCACUGAAAAAAGCACCACAUCGUCAACAAUCCUUACCAUGAGGUGUACCUAGCUAUUUCGGGAGUUAUUUUCUUGCGACUAAGCUAUGCUUCUCACAUCCUCCCUCGCGGAUAUCAAAAGCGUUCAUCAGCAAUUUCACAUCACAUUGCAAAACAUACCACUUGCGGACAUCUCAACCAUUCUUUUGAUGUUUCUUUGGCUUUAUUACCGGGCACUUGGCAUGGACGGAACGGACUGGGACGGACGGUAGGUGGGGGAAAUAGAUGAAAAUACACAUAUAUCAGAGCCAAGCUACACCAAACCACAAACGAAGACACAGAAUAGACGUAGUAGCUCUGACAUAUUUUUCUCAUCCCCCAACUCUCUGUGAAUAGAUAAAAUAGAGUUGUCGCCUAAAAAUGAUUUAAUAUAACCUUCUAUCUCGCAAGAAAGGUUUCGCGUCC